CGGGAGACUUCCUUUUCACCGAGCUUAUAAUUCUCCUCCGCCCAGUUCACGCCUCGUGCUUGUUGCGUUGACCGUCGGCAACCAGCUACGCCAUGGCGGCCCUCAUUCGAGCUAUCCAGCUGCUCAACAGCGGACAGGACAAUGACCACAGCAAGGCCCUGCACCGCCGAUUCCACGGCCCAACGACCGAAGUCCUCACCCCGUCAACAAAAGCCGGCUUCAUCGCAAUGGGAAUCUGCGGCCUCCUCUCCUUCACCUCCACCCUCGGCCUCUUACUCUUCCUCAUGCACCGCUUCAUAAACUGGAAACGAUACUACAAGCGCCCGCUGCUGCACAACCAGUACGUCGUGCUGAUCUUCAACCUCCUUCUCGCCGAUAUCCAGCAGGCGACGGCGUUCCUCAUGUGUCUGCACUGGGUCAACAAGGGCGCGGUAUCCUAUCCGAGUGCCGCGUGCGUGCUGCAGGGGUGGUGGAUCCAGGUUGCCGAUCCGGGGAGUGGGCUGUUUGUUAUCGCGAUCGCGAUGCAUACCGGUGCGGUGGUCCUCCGUGGGCGACAGCUGCCGUAUAACGCGUUUGUGUUUUGCGUCGUUGCCCUGUGGGCGUUUAUCAUUGCGCUGGGCAUCAUCCCCGUUGCGCUGUAUCGGUCCGAGACGUUUGUCAUUUCCGAAGCUGGCUGGUGCUGGAUAAGUCCCGAACACGAAGACGAACGCCUCUGGGGCCACUACCUGUGGAUUUUCCUCGCCGAAUUCGGGACCCUCGUCCUGUACGGGAUCCUCUUCUUCUACCUGCGCCGCCGCAUGCUGCAGGCCGCCGAGCUCCGCCAAAACCACUCCCACACCGACAACCUGCACCGUCUGAACCGCGUCGUCAUCUACAUGGUCAUCUACCCGCUCGCAUACCUCCUCCUCUCGCUCCCGCUCGCCGCGGGCCGCAUGAGCAGCGCCCGCCAUGUCAUACCCAGCAAGGCGUAUUUUGCCGUGGCGGGGUCGCUCAUGGCGCUUUCUGGGCUGGUUGAUGCGGCGGUGUAUACACUCACCCGCCGGCAGCUCCUCGUUGAUACGGAGUUGAGUCACUCCGGCGGGCGGGGGACGUAUCCGUAUGCGGCGUACUCGGGGUCGCACGCGUACCAGACACACAUUAGCACGACGGGUGCGAUGGGGACUGGCGAGCGAGAUGGGAAGGGGAAGGGGAAGCGCGGGCGGAAACCGUCCAUGUUUCGACGGGGGCUGCAGACGCUUAAUGAUACGGUGACGGAUGGGCGGGACGACUCGACGGAGGAGAUUGUCCGCAAGGACGAUCUGGAGAUGAAGAAUAUUGGGCGCGGGGUGUAUCAGGAGACGACGAUUGAGAUUACGCAUGAGAGGGUUGGUGAGCGUGAACAUGAGGAUGGACAUGACAGUGAUGAACAGCACCACCAGCAGCAGCAGCGUCAUGGACAGAGGCGGAGUGGCUAA